UAACAUAUAACUACUCAGAUCAUGUAAACACAACAUAAAAACAGGAUGUGAGAUGGCAGGUCUGAAGGUAUGGGGAGCAAGGUUGUUCACUGCAGUUACCAUAGUAACACUUGUCUGCCAAGGUUUAUAUGUCAUAAACCCCAUGACACACGAUGCAGCUGUAGUAGACGGGUAUUGUCACAUAACACUGUUAACAUGGGUUCUAACACAGUGUAAUAGGACCACACCAAAUACACUAUACUCUUCUCCCUCCUUAUCGGGUCGGUUCUGGCGACAUAUGGACCCUGCAAGCAUGGACUUUGUGCGUCUCUUCGUAAACAACAAUCAAUUAUCUCUACCUACACAAGGGUUUUUAGUGGACGAUUUAACAAAUAAAAGUUUGUUGGACUGCUCUAAAGCCAGCUUUAUUUCAACAAAACAGAAAUUAGUGAACUAUUUACCUGUCUUUAAGGACGUUUUGGACGUGGAGUCCUUAACUGAGAACCUACCAAAACUCUACCCAAAUAAAUUCAUUGACUGCUCCUACCUCAACUCUACACAUGUUUACUUGAAUUACAAGAGAGUUAGCAAGUUUCUGAUGAUACCAUUUCUUCUCAACUUUAUACUGAUUGGGUUGGGACUAGUCUACAUAAUCGAUCAUGAUGAUGACGGUCCUAUAAAGGCGUUUUCCACCAUGAUAGUGAUGCCACUGUACCUUGUUGCAUUUCUUAUACAUGUCGUACUCUAUGUGAUCUUUAUCGCUAUCAUCGGCUGGUCUAUCUUUAACAUCGAACCUUCUUUAAAUUUAGAGGAAUCCUUCAAUAAAGGGUCUAUUUUAAUUAUCUUCAGAUGGAUCCGAGACAAGAUAAAGAGGUGUAUCAAGCCGAGCGACUCAUCUUCCAGUUAGAAUACGCAACAACACAUAAUAUAGAUAUCACAGUUCUUUAUAGGCAAAUUCCUCACAUAUCUUACAUCUGAGACUUUGUUAUCACUACUCUCAAGUACAGGUAUUGCAACAAUUUAUUAGACUACCUAGCUUAUAAAAAUCUGAAUAUUAUGGUUUAUCGUUAUGAUGCAGUCUGCCUUAAUUUGGAACAGAAUAAUCUAAUUUUUUAGCUUUGAUGUUUGCACUUUAAUUUUAGGUUUAUUUUUUACACUAUUGUCCAGAAUACAGAUAAUUGAAGUUUUUUUAUUUCUUGAUUUUUGAAGUUAUAAAGCGAUUAAUUGUUAUAUUGUGUAAAGUAUAAUUAAAUAUCAUACUAGUUUCGUAUAAUAUAUCAUAAAUGAAAUAGCGUGUAUAAUUGCAAAUUCAACAUUCAAAUUCCUAAUAUUCAAGCAAAAGAUUUCGUUACGUGUUUGAGACUUGGAGGAUUCUUAAUUUUCAACCCUUCAUCAUAUUACUACAUUUUACCCUGGCCGUCGUUAUAACCACAGUUACCGAGUAGCACUGCUCUGUUAUUCAUUAUACAAACCAUUUGUUUGAUUUGCUUGCACACUUUUAUACUUAAAAUACGAUAUUUUUACUAAUUCAAUUAACCUUCUCUCAUUUCCCUAACAGAAUAUAACAUGGUAACUAUUAUGAUAACCCCCAAUAUAUUAUAUAAUAUAUAACAUUAUAUAAAACCUAAGAUAUUAUCGUCAUAGAUACUACUGCACAUUAGGGCAUUAUUCCAAACACACUUACUAACUUAACGUAAGUUAGUGCGGGGCCCCGCUAGGGCGCUAUCAAAAAUCCAAUCUUCCCUCACGCAAUGUAACUAACAAGAUCCUAGCUCGAUAUUUUUAAAACUUUGUGACAUGUAUUCGUCUUUGCCUCAUAAAUUCCUUUGUUUCUAUGCAUGAACAAUAGUUAGAUUAGGAAGUUGAUGUAUACUUACCAGGGUAACAUUUUUGUUUACAUUUGUGACAAGGUCUACACAAUAUUUUGUAUGUAAGCGGCGCUAAUAUUAUUUUUGCUUUAAGUGCGCCAAAAUUGCACGCGCGCAAUAAAUAAAUAUGAUUAAUUAAUAAUUCAAUUUAUUAUUCAAUUU